UAAUAUACACUUUUUAGCUGCUGGGGGCGGCGUUCCUGUCUGUGGCUCUGUGGGCCUGGAGUGAGAAGGGGGUUCUCUCCAACAUAUCCUCCAUCACAGAUCUGGGCGGGUUUGAUCCAGUGUGGCUGUUUCUUGUGGUGGGUGGAGUGAUGUUCGUGCUCGGCUUCGCAGGAUGCAUCGGUGCUCUGAGGGAAAACGCCUUUCUACUUAAGUUUUUUUCCGUUUUUCUGGGAAUCAUAUUUUUCCUGGAGUUGACUGCGGGAGUCUUGGCGUUUGUCUUUAAGGACUGGAUUAAAGACCAGCUCAAGUUCUUCAUCAACAACAAUAUUAGAGCGUACAGAGAUGACAUUGACCUACAGAAUCUCAUCGACUUCACACAAGAUUAUUGGGAGUGUUGUGGAGCCUUUGGGCCUGAAGACUGGAAUCUGAACAUUUACUUUAAUUGUACUGACACUAAUCUGAGCAGAGAGAAAUGUGGGGUUCCCUUUUCCUGCUGCACCAAGGACCCUGCUGAGGAUGUGAUAAACACACAGUGUGGAUAUGACAUUCGAGCGAAAGAUGACAACGAACAGAAGAUGUUUAUACACACAAAAGGAUGUGUACCACACAGCAAUAUGUUCAAAUCUUGGGAGUGUUGUGGAGCCUUUGGGCCUGAAGACUGGAAUCUGAACAUUUACUUUAAUUGUACUGACACUAAUCUGAGCAGAGAGAAAUGUGGGGUUCCCUUUUCCUGCUGCACCAAGGACCCUGCUGAGGAUGUGAUAAACACACAGUGUGGAUAUGACAUUCGAGCGAAAGAUGACAACGAACAGAAGAUGUUUAUACACACAAAAGGAUGUGUACCACAGUUUGAGAAAUGGUUACAGGAGAAUUUAACCGUAGUUGCCGGAAUCUUCAUAGGAAUUGCACUUCUGCAGAUAUUUGGGAUCUGCCUGGCACAGAAUCUUCUGAGUGACAUUGAGGCGGUCAGGGAGAGCUGUUUGUUCACCUGAAGCAUUCGAGCCGUUCUGCAGACAGAUCCCCAUUUCUCUGUCAGUCAGCAGCAGGGUUGGCACAUUGUCAUCACAGUAUCCUAGCAACCAGUGAGGGAUUCCAUUCACAUACCUCCUUUAUAUUUCAGUGUACAGCGACAUCUUCAUGUUUUGCUUUGAUUUGAUUUUAAUCCUUCAAGUACAAA